AAGUCUAUCUUUAAUAAUUCUAAUACCCGUUUCUGAUCACCAAUACCCCACUUUCAGUCUACACGUAGCCAAUCAUCGCGUCUUGCAUCAAAAUGAAGUACACUGUUGCUAUUCUCACCUUCGUCAUCGGCGCAUUCGCUAUUCCUCAGCAGGCCUCAUCCAUUACUAGCGCUCCUGCAACCACUGCAGCGCCUAGCAACUAUACUUCCCAGCUGAGUUGCGCUUCCGCAUGCGACGCAACUGAUGUGGACUGUCGCGCAGCAUGCCUCGGUGUCGCCCAUCCCAAUGCGUCCCAAGCCAUUGAAACCACCGAAUGUGCGGCCAGUUGCGACCAGGGAGAUGGAUCUACCGAGGACACUCAGAAGUUCUCCGAUUGCGUCCAGGGUUGUAUCUACAGCCUCUACCCCAGCAGCCAGACGUUCUCUCUUGCCAAUGCUGCCAUUGUUUCCUCCGCUGCGAGUGCUGUAGGCUCGGUGACCAAUUCUGCCUCUGCCACUGCCACUGGCUCAGCCACUACUGGAAGUUCUUCUGGCACUGGCUCUAAUGCUCAAGCGACUGGUGCUGCCAACUCUAACUCUGCGCACUUUGCGGGCGCUGGCCUCGCUGGUCUUAUGGCGGUCUUUGCUUUGUAGAUUUGUCAUUCGCGAUUAUGCCCAGCAAUGAUAUGUUCGAUGAUGGAUGGAACCACCGACCAGCCAAGUCAACAACAUUAUGCCGAGAUGCGGGGUCCCAGGUUGCGAUUAUCGACCGCUACAGAUAUCCUGAGAUAAGGCACUUAGCAGUUAAUGCGUCUUAAAGGGUCUCGCAGAUGUAAAAACCGUAGGGUGUUGGGGAAUACAAUUCAAUUCCAAGGAUAACUUUUGUUAAAUUCCAUGCUAGUGCUCGGUUGCCAAGUGCCUCAUUGGGGUGUAAUACCCAGAAUAGUCCUCGCGAAC